CUCAGUCAUCCGACGUAAUGUCUCACCUGCGAGUUCACACUGGGGAGAGGCCGUUUACCUGCUCAGACUGUGGGGAAUUAUUCACUUGGUCAUCUGAGUUAAAGGGACAUCAGCAAGUUCACACUAGGGAGAGGCCGUUCACCUGCUCAGUCUGUGGGAAGGGAUUCACUCGGUCAUCUCAACUGAAGAUACACCAGAGAGUUCACACUGGAGAAAGGCCAUUCACCUGCUCAGACUGUGGGAAAGGAUUCACUCGGUCAUCUAAACUGAAGGUACAUCAGAGAGUUCACACUGGAGAGAGGCCGUUCACCUGCUCAGACUGUGGGAAAGGAUUCACACAGUCAUCCUCCCUAAUUGCACACCAGCGAGUUCACACUGGAGAGCGGCCGUUCACCUGCUUGGAAUGUGGGAAGGGAUUCACUCGGUCAUUUCAACUGAAGAUACAUCAGCGAGUUCACACUGGGGAGAGGCCGUUUACCUGCUCAGACUGUGGGGAAUUAUUCACUUGGUCAUCUGAGUUAAAGGGACAUCAGCAAGUUCACACUAGGGAGAGGCCGUUCACCUGCUCAGUCUGUGGGAAGGGAUUCACUCGGUCAUCUCAACUGAAGAUACACCAGAGAGUUCACACUGGAGAAAGGCCAUUCACCUGCUCAGACUGUGGGAAAGGAUUCACUCGGUCAUCUAAACUGAAGGUACAUCAGAGAGUUCACACUGGAGAGAGGCCGUUCACCUGCUCAGACUGUGGGAAAGGAUUCACACAGUCAUCCUCCCUAAUUGCACACCAGCGAGUUCACACUGGAGAGCGGCCGUUCACCUGCUUGGAAUGUGGGAAGGGAUUCACUCGGUCAUUUCAACUGAAGAUACAUCAGCGAGUUCACACUGGGAAGAGGCCGUUCACCUGCUUGGAAUGUGGGAAGGGAUUCACUCGGUCAUUUCAACUGAAGAUACAUCAGCGAGUUCACACUGGAGAGAGGCCAUUCACCUGUUCAGACUGUGGGAAGGGAUUCACUCAAUCAUCCACCCUAAUGUCACACCAGGCAGUUCACACUGGGGAGUGGCCGUACAACUGCUCCAUCUGUGGGAAAGGAUUCACUCUGUCAUCUAAACUGAAGGUACAUCAGAGCGUUCACACUGGAGAAAGGUCACUCACCUGUUCAGAAUGCGGGAAGGGAUUCACUCAAUCAUCCACCCUAAUGGCACACCAGGCAGUUCACACUAGGGAGUGGCCAUACAACUGCUCCAUCUUUGGGAAAGGAUUCACUCGGUCAUCUCAACUGAAGAUACAUCAGCGAGUUCACACUGGAGAGAGGCAAUUCACCUGCUCAGACUGUGGGAAGGGAUUCACUCGGUCAUCUCAACUGAAGAUACAUCAGCGAGUUCACACUCAGGAGAGGCCGUUCACCUGCUCAGACUGUGGGAAGGGUUUCACUCGGUCAUCUCAACUACGGAGACACCAGCGAGUUCACACUGGGUAGAGUCUGUUCACCUGCUCGGACUUUGGGAAGAGAUUCUCUCAGCCAGAUCAACCAAAUGCGCAUCAUUGAGUUCACACUGGGGAGAGGCUGUUCACUUGCUGUUAAUGUGGGAAGCGAUUCACUCAGCCAGCUAACCUUAUGGUAACUCAUUUUGGCUGGCAGCUUAACUUUGGAGUUGAUAGACCCCAGCCCGGUCAAACUUAAGAAAUCUCGUUUGGGUGGAUGCUGUGUGAUGUGUCCCCUGUUACAAAUCAGUACCCUGAAAUUACAAACAGUACACAAUAUGUGAUUAACCAAUUGAGCUUUAUAAUUCUUACUUUGACGAUAGGGUUAGUAAAGUAAACAAACAAGCAAAAAGGAAAAGGGCCCACUCUCUCCAUUCACGUCUUCUCAUCUCUCCCCAGCAAAAGACUACAAAAUCUCUCUUCCAGACUCACAAGAAAGAAGGUUUCUCUCAUUGGAUAGCCCUGCACUACAAAACCCUGUUUUCUCUGGUCUUAACCAAGCAUUGCUGCUACAGAGAAACCAUUACAUCAGCAGUGAAACCUUACAGCAUAUUAUACUUGUCACACACUGCCUUGUUCAUACUGGGGAGAAAGUUUCAAUAAGCUGCAUGCUGGAUAUUUGUUGCUGAAUAUCACUGUUGCUGAAUGCAAUUUCGAGAGUUACUGUUGGAGCUGAAUUACUAUUGCUCACCACAUCCAGUUCUGCACACUGGUCUCUGGGCAUGGGAGGAGUUUCUUCUGCUGCACUUUCACCUUUAACGGGACUGGAGUUUAAUAUUCUGGAUCUGAGACAAAUAAAUCAGUUUAUUUUAAAC